AUGGCGGACAACUGGGCGAACGCCGCCAAAAAGGCGAGGACUCUUGCCAUCACUCAAAUCAUUACUGGGGUUUUACUUAUCGGGAUUGGCAUCGGCGAUCGACUGGUUUUUGGAGGAUCGCCUGGUGAAUGGACAGGCUAUGUUUAUUUCGGCGUUUGGAUCGGCGUGUGGGUAAGCAAAAAUUCAGUUUCUGCAUGAAUAAACCGGCUACCAGUUUAGCGCUGUCUCAAGGAAAUUGAAGCUUCAAUCAAAGAUGUCCGGGCUUUUGAAAAGUUCAUUGCACUUCUAGCUUGAAAUGUACCAGGAAGAUGGUACAAGAAGGUCCUCCACACUGGCGUUUGUUGAAAGAUUUGCCUGAAGAAUAACACCCACGCACCAAUGAACCCAAUCUGUUACGAUACCACACAAAACACAAUUUCAAAGCUGUUAGUCAAGUUCACCAAACUAUAAGUCACUGAAGUCUUUUCUUCUUUUUUUUUUUCCAGUUUAGUAUGACAUCCUUUACAAAAAUAACGGUCGAACCCCGUUACUAUGGACACUGAAAUGCAGUCCAUAUUAAAAACGGGGUGUUUAUGUAAGCAGGAUCAUAAUCUAACACCUCUUUUCGGAACAAAUUCUAAAACAAUAAAACAGGACAAACUAAAAUCUCUAGUACGGUAAUUAUAAAACGGGCAACAAAAAACGUGCAACUUGUUUAAUAACAUUGCUGCAAAACCAGUUGAAUAGCGUUGUUGCGCAUUUGUCUUGCAACAAAUCAGGUUGCAAGGUUUGUUUUCGUUGUUAGUGCCUGUUUUGCUGUAGCUUUACUUUUAAUAAGCGGUUAUUCCGCGGACUACGUCACUCCGUGAAAACUGACUCAAAUAUCGUUCAUUUAGUCAUUUCUUAAUCAAUAGAAGUCACUCGCUCCCAAUGUAACGUAAUCUGGACUCCGGAAUCUGGGAAUUUUUUUCUUGUGGAAUCCGGAAUCCUAAAGGGCUUUGAAAUCUACAUUUUAACUCAAGGAAUCCGGAAUCCCGCUUACGAAUGGAAUCCGAUAUCUAAGUUCCAAUGACAGGGACUAGAAUCCAGUACCUCAGUGGAACUAUCCGGAAUCCACGGCAUGGCCAAAUGAAGAAUCCAAGACUGUCUUGGAUUCCCUUAUUCAUGGAGCGAAAUUUUCGAUUCUGGAAUCCGGGCUCCUGAGCUUUGAAAUCCAAACUCCAGCCCUAGCAAUCCCGAUUGUAACUAGCAUUAAAAAUCCACACUUUGUAAUCCAGAAUCCAAGUUUCAUUCUUGGAUUAGCUUAGUUAUAUGGGGUGAACUGUAAUGUGUGCAAAGAACGGUCGUAUAAAGAUUCUAUGAAUACCUCGAUAACUUUUUCUCUUGCAGAUGUGCAUCACAGGGGGUCUUGGAAUACCUGGAAGUGCCAUGAAACGAAGAACCAGUUCCUGCAAUGCUUUUGUAAGUAAGCUGUUGGAAAUGGUAGUUUUACGUACGUUUGUCGACAAUUGAACAACCCGGCCUAUAAGUGUGAAACCAUCAGAAGUAACAAAAACAUAGGUCCUCUUGUUUCAGCUAGCAAUCGUUACUAAGAAAGUUUACCUGUCUUUGUAUCUUAAGAUGCCGUAGACCUCCUAAACUGUAGAAACGAAGAAUGCCAUUUUUGCAGUCUAUAAAACUAUGAGGAUUUUUAUCGUCCAUAGGACUCGAAGAUUAUUUUAACUUAACUUAAUAUCUCCUCUGCUGCCUUAUCUUUUAAUUUAAUGUAUUUUUUUUAUUUUCGUUUGUCAUAACUCUCUGUGGCCAGGCCUGCUUUAUGAUUAUCACCGUAUCAAAUAUAUCUGAAUGACGUUGCCUCUAAAAAAGGUGUCUCACCCUGUGAGCAUAUGUUGACCAUGUACCUUCCUGAUCUUUUUGAAUGUAAAGAUUAACUCAACGUCCAUCAAAGACACAGGCUAAAGUUUGACCUGCGUCUAGCUUGACGUUUGAAUUUCCAAACCUUCAACAGGCUGGUGUUUUCAUGGGUUUUUCCAUUACCUCCGCUGUGUUCGGUGGAAUAAUCAUCAUAAGUUACAGCUUCGGGAUUGCGAGCAUUACCACCUUCAAUUACGGAAUAUAUGACUACAGUUAUCGCCACGGUAACUAUUACCACUAUCGCACGAAGGUAACCAUUCUUGCCAUCAUGCUUGUCCUUGGUAUUGUUACAUUCGGGAUUGGAAUCUGGGCAGCCAUAUGCACUUGUCUGAUGAAGCCCUGCACUGCCUGCAGCGGACAACCACAAGUAAGUAGCCAAAGUACAUUCACCUCACCUUCG